AUGAUGUUGAAGAACGGUUAAAAACAGUUAUAUCAAAUGGAUUUUCUACAGUUGAGAAUGAGUUACAUUUUAUACCACAACCUUACUUAAAAUUACUUAAGUUUAUUUUAAAUAAAUAUGAACAAAAUGAUGACGACUCAAUUAUAACUGUUUGCAAAAAUUUUAACGACAAAUAUGAUAGCUUUUUAGUUGAUCAAAAAUAUGCAACAAUCAAACGUUUAACAUUACCAUUGUAUUAUGUUGCACUUAUUAAAAUUGAUGGACGGCCAUUGAAAGAAUUUAUCUUAAAUAAAAAGCUAUUAUCAUUUAUUAAUGAAUUGUGUAUGAAAAUGUUUUGUGCUCUAGUGAAUAGCUUUGAUAACAUGACAAUAACUUCUGAAAAUAACAAGUUACCAAAUGUUAUAUUGGAUGAAUAUUUAUGUUUUAAUGUUUCAAGUAAAUGUUGUUUUCUAUUAACAGCUGUUCGAGGAAUACAUAGUGAUCCUUCAAUUCUUAAUAAAUACACUUCGAAAGA